AUGGCGGCCGCCGGGGGGUCCGGCCCCCGGAUCCCGACUCUGCGCCCCCCGACACCCGCCCCGGCGCCCCCCGACUCCCCACAGCCCGGCGCCGUCGCCGCCGACUGCGCCUGCGCGGCGGAGGACGCGGGCUUCCGGUCGGGGGAGUGCGCCUGCGCGGCGGAGGACGCGGGCUUCCGGUCGGGGGACUGCGCCUGCGCGGCGGAGUACGCGGGCUUCCGGUCCGAGGAUUGCGCUUGCGCGGCGGAGAAGAGGAGCUCCAGGUUUAGGGACUGCGCCUGCUCGGCGGAGGACGCGGGCUUCCGGUCCGGGGACUGCGCCUGCGCCUGGAAUAGAGGGACUUGGUCGGUGGAGUGCGCAUGGGCGGAGAGGACUUCCGGUCUGGAGAGACUAAGGGGCUUCCGGUCCGGGGACUGCGCCUGCGCGGGAGCCAAAGGGGCUUUCGGUCGGGGGGAAGGCGCCUGCGCGGAGCAGAGGCCGCGGCGAACACCGGGAGCGGGACUGCGAGAGAGCUUCCGGUCGCGGAGUUCCGCGGCGGACUGCGCGGCGGAGGCGCGGGGCUUCCGGUCAGGAGGCCGAGGGGCAGUGCGCCUGCGCGGGGGAAUGCGCCUGCGCUGGUGCUUCCGGGCUGGAGAGUCUCGGGCGAGUGCGCCUGCGCGUGGAGGCCGACGGACUUCCGGUCGGAGGCGGCCACAAAGGAGUGCGCCUGCGCGAGGGAGCGCGCGGGCUCUUUCCGUUUCCGGUCGGUUGAGGCCGCGGGGAUUGCGCCUGCGCGCAAAGCGUCGCGGCGGAUUGCGCCUGCGCGGGCGAGGCACGGGGCUUCCGGUGUGGCAGUCCGCGGGUGACCGCGGCGCGAACGCGCCUGCGCGGAGCUCCCGCCUCGGCCGCGGCGGCGCCAGCGCGCAGGCGCGGGCGCUCCGGGCUCCUGCAGGCGCCGGGAUGCAUCUCCUGCGCCUCCGCCGCCUGCUCCCGGCCCUCCCGCGCCUCCGCCCGCUCGCCCGCCCCGGAGGCAGGGGGAUGGCGGCCGGGCCGGGCCCCCCGCGCCGCGCCCCCGCGGCCCCCGGGGGGAGGGGGCAGGAGGAGGACGGGGAGGACGGAGAGGACGAGGCCUUCGGCGCCCUCGGGGCCCGCUUCUCCGCGCGGAGGCUCUUCCGCAAGGCGACGCCCGCGCUGCACGACCUGCGCCUGCGCGAUCGGGGCCUCGGGCGGGAGGACGAGGAUGAGGACCAGGCGGGACCCGAACCCGCGGCCCCGUGGGGACGUCGCAACACGCCCUACUGGUACUUCUUGCGGUGCAAGCGCCUCAUCCAGGAGGGGAAGCUGCCCGAGGCGCUGGAGCUGUUUGAGGGGCAGAUGCUGGGGGCCGAGCGCCUGCGGCCGGAGCCCUACAACUACUCGGUGCUCAUCGGGGGCCUCGGCCGCGCCGGACAGCUGAAGAAGGCCUUCCGGCUCUUCAACGACAUGAAGAAGCGCGGGCUGGAGCCGACGGACGCCACCUACACGGGCCUCUUCAACGCCUGCGCGGAGUGUCCGCACGCGGACGCGGGGCUGCGGGCGGCCGAGGCGCUGCGGCGGCAGCUGCGGGGCCGCGGGCUUGAACCCCGGACCUUCCACGCGCUGCUCAAGGCUGCGGCGCGCACGUCAGGGCUCCCGCUCUGCCUGGACGUGCUCAAGGAGAUGGUGCAGCAGGGCCACUCGGUCACGGAGGAGACGUUCUGCCUCCUGUUCAUGGGCUGCCUGCGCGACCGGGAGGCCGGCUUCCGGCGGGCCCUGCAGCUCUGGCGCCACAUGCUGGGCCUCUGGCUGGCGCCCAGCCUCCACGGCUACAACCUGCUGCUCACGGCGGCGCGGGACUGCGGCCUGGGCGACCCCGGCGUGACCCCCGGCGUCCUCGCCCCCGACGGGACCCUAGACGGGACCCCCGACGGCGGCCGCCCGCGCCCACGCUUCCCACGCCCCGGCGGGACCCGAACCCGCGGCGCCAGGCCCUGGGGCUGGGUGGAGGCGCUGGAGAGGGAGCUGCUGGGGGACCCUCGACGUGACCCGGCCCCCGUCGGCCCCCUCGACGUGACCCCCGACGUCUCCCCCGCUCUGACCCCCGACGUGACCCCAAUUGUCCCUCUUGACGUGACCCCCGACCUCACCCCUCGCGUCCCCCCUGACGUGGCCCCCCCCGUCCCCCUUGACGUGACCCCCGACGUGACCCCCUCCAACCCUCUCGACCCCCGACGUGGCCCCCUCGCCCGCACCCCGGCCGAGCGCCUGGCGCUGCUGGGCGGCCCCGCGGGGGUGCUGGGGGCGCUGGCCCGCGGGCUGCGGCCCGACGUGCGGACGCUGACGCUGCUGGCCGAGCUGUGCGAGCCCGGGUUCGAGCCCACGCUGCUGGGCCUGCUGGACGGCGCGGACGCCGACCUCGCCUUCUUCAACGCCGUGCGGAAGCGGGGCCGCCGCGGGGACCUGGACGGCGCCAGGGCGCUGCUGCCCCUCCUGGCCCGGAAGGGCCUGACCCCGGACAUGCGCACCUUCUGCGGCCUGGCGGCCGGAUGCCGGAGGGCCCGGGACGGCCUGCAGCUGCUGGAGGACCUGCGGCGGGCCGGGGUGACCCCCAGCGUCCACGUGUACAGCGCGCUGGUGCAGGCGGCCGUGCGCAGGCUGGACUACGCCUACCUCAUCCGGGUCCUCCGCGACCUGCGGCGCGCGGGGGUCGCCGUCACCGAGGUGCUCGCUGCCAGCUGGAGCUCGGCGGCCCGCUACCCGCCCUCCUUCGACCGGUACAGGGGGAAGAACACGCACCUGGAGAAGAUCGACGGCUUCCGGGCCUACUACGGGCGGUGGCUGAGGGCGGUGCCCGCCCGGGAGACCGAGGGGCCCGGGGGGAGGGGGGCGGCGCGGCGGGGGGAGGGGGCGCCCCUAGACCGGCCCCGCGCCCGCCCCCGCGGCCAAUAAAGCCCCGCGAGAGCCCCGCGCCCGGCUCCUGUC